AUGUCGACGAAGAACGCGUCAACGGGGUACACACACUUCCAUCUACACCUCGGGAGAGCACCUCGUUUGAUACCGCCACUGACGACGGAGAACGUGCGCGCAACACGGGAAGACUUCCCAACAGAUACCACGAAUGCGCUUGACGCGAUCGUUUCACUUAAGACAGACAUUGCAGACGCACACGAUGCCUUGCUAGCAUCAAAAGUAGCACAAGCAAACGCUGCAAACGCACACAGGAGUGACGAACCUUCAUUCGCGACAGGCGAUCUCGUGUAUCUCUCAACGGCACACCGACGACACGAAUACCUCAACGGAAGCAAUAAACGAGUUGCAAAA